CUCUGAAACUACUAUACUCCAAGCAUCAUGCCGCCCAAAGCCAGUGGUAAAGCCGUGAAGAAAGCUGGAAAGGCCCAGAAGAACAUCACCAAGACCGACAAGAAGAAGCGGCGCAAGAGGAAGGAGAGCUACGCUAUCUACAUUUACAAGGUCUUGAAACAAGUUCAUCCCGACACUGGAGUCUCCAGCAAAGCCAUGAGCAUCAUGAACUCCUUCGUCAACGACAUCUUCGAGAGAAUUGCCGCUGAAGCUUCACGAUUGGCUCACUACAACAAGCGUUCCACCAUCACAUCUCGAGAGAUCCAGACUGCUGUUCGUCUUCUUCUCCCCGGAGAGUUGGCAAAGCACGCUGUGUCUGAAGGCACCAAAGCUGUGACUAAAUACACAAGUUCCAAGUAACGUGGAAGAACUCAAAAUCAAUCGGCCCUUUUCAGGG